AUGCUUUGGAUGAAGGGUUGUUUGUUUUUUUGUUUAUUUAUUUAUUAUUUUUUUGAUUGUUUGUUUGUUAGUUUUAGAAAAGCUUGGAGUUGUGUGAAUUUUAUUUAUAUUUGUUUUUAUUAAAUAUAUUAUGGAGCUGAAGGAAAUUUGUUUCUUUCUUAUUUCACAAAAAUUUUUAGAAGAAAAAAAUAAAUAGGUAGCUAAUUAAAAAAAAUUUAGGAAUAAGUUUAAAAGCAAAUGAACAGCACCGAACACGAUGGGCAGGGGCUGAACAGCUCCAUACGCAAUUACAAGAAUAAUUCUGAUAUUUCCUAUGAACAGAAUUCAACAAAUCUCUCAAAGAAUCAAGAUUCUUAUAAAGACUCUAUCAAGAAGAUACUAGAGACUAUGAAAACCGAAUCAGAAAAGCAAAAUAAAAAAUACGACGAAAAUCUUAGAAAGAUAGAUCAGUGGAGACAGGAAAUGAAAAUAAAUUUUGAGAUCAGUGAUGAUGAGAUGAAUGAUGAGGAUUCCUAUAACUUCGACUUCGAUCCAGAGAACUAAUUGCGCCAAUCUGAUCUUGCCAAUCAAAAAUAUAAUCAGCUCAUAGAAGAACAAAUUGAUAAAUUAUUGCAAUCUUCUAUCAUCGACAAGGAACUGGAUAUCGUAAAACAAAGAAUUCAUAACGCUCAUAGCAGCAGUACAUUUUUGGAAUCUAAAAAAGCCUUCUUAAAAAACAAAAGAAAGAACUUAUUUAAAAAUUAUGUAAAGACUGUUAAUCAGAAUAAUUAAAAUGCAGAAAAAAUAUAAAAUUGGUAGAAUGGUAAUAAUAAUUUGAGUACGGGAGUUUCUUCCACUUCAUCUUAGGUGUCUUCUUCCUCAAAUGUUUAAACUUUAGAAUAAAUUAUAAAAGAAAGCAUGAAACUGUAAAGUUCUAAAAACUCUAAAUUAAUUGAACACUAACUUAUGAGAUUAACCCAGGCUAUUGAAAGCCCUCGUCAUGAUGAUUUUAUCGAAAAUCAUAUUUUCAAAAAAUUUAAAGUAACAAAAGACAAGCUCUAAACACGCACUUAAUAAGUUAUUGGAUACAAACCCUCUGAUUUCAGGAAAAUAAAAAGAUAUAGAUUCAAUCCAUAGAAUAUGCCUUUUUGUGGAAGUAAUUUUGAUGAAGCUAAGAAAGCUUUGGUGCCUUAAUAUCAUGCAGUAUACAAUGACUAAUCUGAUCCGUUUAAUAGACUUUUAAGCAAGCCUAUUAUUCCAAGAAUAGGAGUUAAUAAAUAAUAACUUUAAAUGAAACCUAAAAAAAAUGUCAAUGAAGGUAACUAACCUGAACCCACAACCUCUCCUUUAAAAAUGAAGAUGCUUCAAAAUGAGAGCUAUGCUGAUUGGAAUGAAAUAAAUCUCUCUACUAACAAUCCUCAAGAAAGAGACAUUCAAAAAAAGAGAAAACUUGAAAAACUUAAUAAAAUGUCUGCUGAAGAUAGGGAAAAGUAUCAAAGACUCUUAUUCAAAAAGGCAUGGCAAUAGGUUGUGAGAAAUGUUCUCAAAAUAUAUAGAUUUGCUUAAUAGGCUAGAUAGGAUUAUGAGUAAAAUAGCAGAAAAUUUGCUAUUUUAUGUUCAAAGGAAGUAAGAAAGAAAUACGGUAAAAGUUAGAGAACUUAGAAAGAUUGGGCUUUGAGAAGUAAAAAAAUGCAUAGAGAAAUGGUAAGCUACUGGAGAAAGAGAGAAAGAGAAUUAAAUGAAAUAAAGAGAAGAAAAGAAAAGUUGGAGGCAGAAUUAAGAAGAAGAGAAGAAGAAGAAAAAGAAAGUUUAUUAUAAAAGAAAAGAUUAGAAUUUUUAAUGAAACAAUCAGAUCUAUAUGCUCACUUUAUGGCCUAGAAGCUAGGUAUUGCCAUGAAUGAUAAAACAAAUGCUGCAUUAGAAGCUAUUCCUAUGCCUGAAGGAGACAAUAGAUAUGAUCCUCUUCUUUUCAAAGGUUAAAAGAUUGAUAUAGAUGAAAGUGAGGCUGCUUAAGAGGUUUCAGCUUUAAUUAAUGACAGAAGAAAAGAACUGAUAAUGUUUGAUCAAGAAACAGCUCAUGAAAGACAUCAAAUUGGUAACGAAGAAGAUAGGAUAGUUUUAACAGAGCAAAAAAGGACCACAGUUUAAGAAUUAUAAGAAGCUGCAAAGCUUGACUUUUCUCAAGUCGAACCUGAAACUUAAAGCAGCUUAGUUAAACCUCCAGAGCACUUUUAAGGCACACUAAAAGAAUAUUAGCUCAAGGGUCUUAGAUGGUUAGAUAACUUAUAUGAAUAAGGUAUUAAUGGUAUUUUAGCUGAUGAAAUGGGUCUCGGUAAGACAAUUCAAGCGAUUUCGCUUAUCACACAUAUUGCUGGUACUAAGAAUAUUUGGGGUCCUUUCUUAGUUAUAGCUCCUUCUUCUACAUUAUAUAAUUGGUAGCAAGAAUUAAAGAAAUUCUUCCCUGCAUUAAAGGUUCUUCCUUAUUGGGGUAGUUUGAAGUAAAGAAAAAUGAUUAGAAAAUAUUUUUCAGCCAAGAAUUUAGGCUUGAAGAGUUCUCCUUUCCACUUAGUUAUUACAAGUUAUUAGUUAGUAGUUAGUGAUGAAAAAACAUUUUAAAGAAUUAAGUGGUAAUAUAUGAUUUUGGAUGAAGCUCAGGCUAUUAAGAACAUCAACUCUAUGAGAUGGAAGACUUUAUUAUCUUUUAAUUCUAGAAAUAAAUUACUAUUAACUGGUACACCUAUUUAAAAUACUAUGGCAGAAUUGUGGGCUUUAUUGCAUUUUAUUAUGCCUAAAUUAUUCGACUCUCAUGACCAAUUCUAAGAAUGGUUCUCAAAAGAUAUUGAAGCAUCUUCUCAAGAUAAAUCUCAACUAAAUUAACAUUAAUUACAACGUCUCCAUGCUAUUUUAAAACCAUUUAUGCUUCGUAGAGUUAAAAAAGAUGUUGAGCACGAAUUAGGUGCUAAGAAAGAAUUCUAAAUUAUGUGUGAAAUGACAAAAAGAUAACAAAAAUUCUAUGACCACAUUAAAUCAAAGCUUUCUCUUAAAGAUUUCUUCAAGAUGUUUGAAUCUAAAUAAAAAGUAGAUAACUUGAUGAAUUUAGUCAUGCAAUUUAGAAAAGUUUGUAAUCAUCCAGAAUUGUUCGAAAGAAGACCAUGCAGAAGCUCAUUUGUUUUUUAGAAUAUUUAUUAUUACACUGGACACUUGCCUGCUAAGAUGGGAGAAAUAAAAUAAGUUUAAUCAAAUAUUAGCAAUCCUAUUUUCUAUCAUUUACCUAAAUUGUACUAUGAUGAAGUCAUGAGGGAAGAAACAAAGAAUGAAUUCAUUCACAGAAAAUUAGGUUUUUUAAGUGCUAAGAAUGUGAGAGAAGAUCUUUUCAGCAAUAAGAACUCUAUUUUCAGCUUUAUUAGAUUGCUAGAUUUACCUAUAAAUAUUAUGGAAAUAUAUUCAAGAACUGAUAGUUUCUACCUUUAUUUGGUUUUGGCUCACGUUCUUCAUACUUAAUAAAAGACUUUUAAAAUGGUUAAUGCUGCUGGAGACAAGUACGAAAGUAAAAAUCUUUGGUGGUCAAAAAAUAUUUUGUAUGGAUAAGACGAUUCUAAAUAUGAUAACUAUGUUUAGUCAUUCAACUUACUUAGAGUAAACACCACUAUCGAUCAAAUUGCUAGUCUUAAUUCUAUUCAGCCUCAUGAUGGCAUUCUUUUAAAAUAAAACAAUAAAUUCCUUAAGAAGUGGACACAGAUUUGUUAAGAUGCUCACAACUGUCUUUAACCUGUAAAAUUGUACUGCAUCAUAAAGAGAGCAAUUUCUCCCCCAAUCAAUCUCAUAUGCUCCUCCUCUAGUUUCUAGGCUUAUCGUUUCAACAUGGAAGAGUCAAGAAUAGGAAGAUUUAUUGCAAGAGCAAACGGAGCAGUUUUCUAAAAACUUCCUUAUUCUACCGAAAUUUAGUAAGCACCAACUAAUGGAAGGUCUUUAGUCGAUUUAUCAGUUUUCAAAGAAGGAAUGUUAAACUUUAACAAUUAAGAAAGCUUUUCUAAUAUAGAAGUUGUUGAUUUCGCAAGUUUAGUUGCUGAUAGUGCAAAGCUCAAAUAUUUGGAUGCUUUGUUAACCAAGUUGAAAAGAGAAGGACAUAGAGUGCUUAUUUUCUGCUAAAUGACAAGAAUGAUAGAUAUUUUAGAAGAUUUUAUGACCAGAAAGAAAUAUAAAUUCUUCAGACUUGAUGGUUCUUGCAAUAUAUCUGAUAGAAGAGAUAUGGUCAAUGAAUUUUAGACAAGUGACAAAACCUUUGCCUUCUUGCUCAGUACAAGAGCUGGUGGUUUGGGUGUUACUUUAACUGCAGCAGAUGUUGUAAUCUUCUAUGAUAACGAUUGGAAUCCUACCAUGGAUGCCCAAGCUAUGGAUCGUGCUCACAGAAUUGGUUAAACAAAAGAAGUUCUUGUGUAUAGAUUGGUAACUAAAGGCACAAUUGAAGAAAGAAUUUUAAAGAGAGCCCAAUAAAAGUAAAUGGUUCAAUCUACAGUUUAUUCUGGAGGUGCAUUCAAGGCAGAUAUAUGGAAACCUUAGGAAGUUAUGGAGUUGCUACUUGAUGAAAGUGACAUGGAGAAAACUCAAAUGUUCAUGCCAAAAAGACACAAAGUUACAAAUGGAGCUGGUCCAAAAGUAGACAAAAAGAAGCCAGCUGGAGGAGCAAAAGAGAAAAAAUCGAAAAAAGACAAAAAGGAUGAAAACAAAGAUAUUGAAUAAAUAGAAGAAGAGGAAGAUGAAGACGAAGCAAUGGAUGUCGAAAAGUAAAAAAAUUGUCUUUAAAUUAAAAAUUAAUUUUUAUUUUAUUUUGUUUGUUUUUUAGUGAAAAUAACGAAGAAGAGUAUGGAAUUAAUUUCGAAAAUAUAAUGGAAGAAAAUGUGCAAGAGUAAGAUAACGAUGAAGAUGAAGACGAUUGAACUGUUUUUACAGGAAAAUUAAUACUAAAAAGAAUAUAUUUAUAGCAGACUAAAUUAUUAACUCUCAAAAAAGAUUAAAUAUUAUAAAAUAAUAAAAAUUAUAUAUUAUAAUUACAAUUGUGUAUAAAUAACUAAUUUUUCUAACAUGUUCUUAUUUCCAUUUUUAAAUUAAUAAAUAAAUAAAUAAAUAAAAUAAACACAAUAAUUUAUGGUAAUUUUCAAAAAUAAAAUAUAAAUAUAUAUUAUCAAAAUAUCAAUCAAAGAAUAAGUUAUUAUAAAAGCAAACAAAAAUAAAAAGAUAGUUUAGUUUGGUUUAUUUUAUUUUAUUUGA